AAAAUAAUGUCAAUUUAUGGAAACCACGGGAUCUUCGAACGCUUCUCUUUGUUAUCACGAUGUGGCGGCGGCGGCAUAAUUGCAAGAAUAGGCUGAGAGUCAUGUCAACUCACCUGUUGCUCAUGGCUCAUAAGACGAGACUCCAUCCUCAUGACCAAUGCUAUCAUAUCUUUAGCUGGUCUGCAGGCAAGACGCCUCCGUCUCUGUCCCUAUUUACUUCAAACACUCUCGACAUAAGACAGAAACCCGACAGACAUCAUGGCUACGAUAUGAGCACGCCCAUCAGGCAUACAUCGAUUAGCCGUGCAACCCGGAGAUUCAACACCGCGAGAUUAUGCUUAAAAUGAUGAGGGUUCCGAGACUUGUCAGGGUCUGGACCGAUUGAGCGAUGGCCCGUCAG